CUCACAGACUCACAGACAGACUCACAGACUCACAGACCCACAGACCCACAGACUCACAGACUCACAGACCCACAGACUCACAGACUCACAGACUCACAGACCCACAUCCGGACGGAACCGAGCUGCGGCUCCGGCUCAGACUGCGGGGAUGUGACGGAACCGGUCCGCCGGGACGAUGCUGCUCCGCCGCCGGUCCUGGUCCGGCCCGCUGCUGCUGCUCGGGGUGGCAGUGUGUCUCGUCUACCAGACCCUGAUGGUGGCUCGGAACCGGCUCCGGUCCGGACCGAGACCUGCCACCGGAGGGAAGUCGACAGACGAACUCGUGAGACGAUUCAUCUGUUCCUUGGAAAUGUUCCAGGGGGAAACUCAGGUCCAGGUCGGGUCUCAGCGCCGGGCCGUGGUUCUGACGGGUCGGCGGCGGGUCUGGGACCCCGAGGUGCAGCUGUACCAGCGGGUCCUGCAGCAGAUGGACUAUGACGUCCACGUGUCCAGAUACGCCGAGACCUGCAGCCUCCUCAGAGCCAAUCAGGGUGUGAGUGGGUGGAGCCUGCUGCUGUGUCUCAGCGGGUCCGAGCGGAGCUGCCUGAGGAGAAUCUCCUUCUCUCACCUGCAGCGUCAUCAGAUGGUGAACCUGAUCCCGGAGUUGAGGGAGGCCUUCUCUGACGAGGGGGCGGGUCUUUGUCACCUGACAGGAUCAGAUUUACCCAUGAGGCCACACUCCUGUGGAUCAACCAACCAGAAGCUGUCGUUCCCUGAGGACAGUCCGUCACCCGUCCAAGCUCAGCCCCCUGGUCUGGUUGCCAUGGUGAAUGUCUACGUGCUCGUCACCUUGAUCAGACCGCUGACAUCGUUCCUGCACAACAUCGUCGUGGUGACAACCCCUGAGGAGCAGAGGGGACAACCCAGGAAGCUCAGGGACUUCCUCCUGCAGCAGCUGGGACCGGCGAGCUCCCAUCAUGCUUUGGGGCAGGUGAAGGAGGUGAUUAGUGAAGUGCUGCAGGCGGCGGCGGCGACCAAUGAGAAGAAACAAAGAGUCGACAGGUGUGUGUGGUGUUACCAGUUGCUCACCUUCACCCUGAUGUUCAGUCGCUCUGUCACACCCGUCAUCGUCCAGGUGGACACUGAUGUAACGUUUUCUGAUCGACGUGACGACACGUUUGACGGACAGAUCACCAAAGAUCUGAUCCUGGAGGACACGCUGAACUUCCUGCUGACGACACACACACACCUGUCGUCAGGGAGACAGACAGAGGGACAGACAGAGGUGAGACAGGACGGAGGCUGCAGACAGACAGAUGGUUUGUGUUUGUCAGAGGACGAGUUUCUUCUUCUGCAUCAGUUUCAGCGACAGAUGACGACGCAGUCAGCCUUUCAACUGCUCUAUCCCUCUUCUUCCUCCUCCUCCUGCUCCUCCUCUUCCUCCUCCUCCUCCUCCUCUUCCUACUACUCCUCCUCCUCUUCCUCUCGACCCCUGAGUGUCUCUGACCUCCUGAUCAGGAUCAUCUGUUACUACGAGCUCCAGAAAAACUUCAGCUCCAGGAGUGAUGACACAGAUGCUUCCACCAAUCAGGAGCCAGGUGAGUCGUCACAGGACGGAGCUGCAGGUGGAGGUUCCUGUGUGGACCCCCACCUCAGACAGAUCUACAGCGACCCUCCCCUCACCCUGACCCCCCCUUUCAGCCCCGGGGUGAAGCAGUACCGUGCAGAUGUGACCUUUGACACUGUGAUGGUCAGGAUCCGACCGGUGCCGGUCAGCUCGGCCUGCCGGGUCCACCUGGACGAGCAUCGAGGCCCCAGGAUGGCGAACUACCCGGUCGGCCUUGGCAACAGCAGGAUCAGCAUCCUGGUGACGGACGACGGCGGGUCGGAGCCCGUCGUCAUGACGAUCUACACUGUCAAUGUGAACCGCGAGACCCGACCCAGUCUGCCGAUGUUCGGAGAUCACGUGACCUGCAGCUUCGUGCAGGACUGUGGUCUGCUGGUCCGGCCCGGUCGGUCCUGUGGUCUUCAGCCCCUCGUCAGGUCUCAGGGUCCACGUCAGACCUGCAGCUCAGGACACCAACCAGGUCGGUGGGUGGUUCCAUGUCUCAGCUGUUCUGACAACAGGACAUGUGAUUGGAGGGAGGUUGCCUGGCAACCAGAUGGCUGUUACCACCAGUUAGUGGACCGCCCCCUUCUGCAGGACUGUCUGACGGACAGGAAGGUAUUGUUCAUCGGCGACUCGACCAAUCGGGGGAUGAUGUACUUCCUGAUGGAGCGGGUCAACUCCAGUCUGGAGGAUUGGGGGAAGGCCCACGACCUGCAGGUCUACAGGAACCUGAACCAGGGCCGGACUCUGGUCAGCUACUCUUACUAUCCUCAAUUCUGGUUGGAGAAGGAGCAGAGGCCCACGUUCAGGCAGGCGCUGCUGCAGCUGCUCCACAGGUCUCGACCUCUGGUGAACUCUAACCUAACGGUGCUGGUGGUGGGAGGAGUCCAGUGGCUCAACACCAAUCAUCUGCGGACAGUCCGAGAGGUUCUGGACAGGGAGGCCCUGGGUGACGUCCUGGUGGUGGUGAAGUCUCUGGGGAUGGGCUUCCAUCUCCCUGUGGACGGGAUCAGAUCUCUGAGUUUGAGAGAAAUCCAAGAUCUGGACAAAGACAACGACGACAUCAUCGCCACAGCGAAGCAUCAUGGGUACGAGGCGAUCGACACGUUCAGCAUCACGAUGGGUCGACACAGAGAGUUCCUGCAGGGGCAAUGUGCCUGCCACUUCCACAAGGUGGAGAGGUUCUGCUCCUCAAGCACGUCCAGCACCAACAGAACCAGAGUCAGUAGCCAAUCAGCCGAGCAGGGGCCGGAGCCUGACACCUUCAGCUAUCACGUGACGGGACCUGUGAACCAGGUGUAUUCUGAGAUUCUGCUGAGCCGCCUGUGUCCGCCCACCUGAGAGUGUGUGUGUGUGUGUGUGUGUGUGUGUGUGUGAAGAGAUGAAAGAAAGAAAGAAGAAGCAGUUGAAACAUGAAUGUGUAUUUCGUCAUUUCUCUUAAGUUUAUUUUUAUAAUUCCAGCUCAAAUGAACAUUUAAAGUGACAGAAUCCAGGAGUUUUCAAUGAUUCCAGGAGUUUUCAAGGAUUCCAGGGAAACAGAUGAUCAGAUCAAGACACAGGAAGACACUAACCCUAACCCCCUAACCCCAGGAACAUUUUUCUCUUGUUUACCGGACGUUAAACUUUCUCAUGUGAACUUCUCUGCUAAUAAACACCUGUCAGCUACAUAUGCUAAUGCUGCUAGUUGAUGCUAAUGCUGCUAGUUGAUGCUAAGCUACAUGGUAGCUCCUGCUAAACAGUGACACACCCCCUGGUUUCUGAUGUAACUAUCUUCUCAGAUGUGACUGUCUAAUAACUGAUCCUUCAUAUUGAGCAGGUAUUGAUCGGCUCCCUCCUCUUUGACUCAUGUGUUUUUAUAUUCCACUGUCUUUAUGUACAAAUAUAUAUGUGUAUAUUAUACAUAUAUCAUAUUCAAAGCCAAAGACUUAUUGUGUAAAGAAAUGUUUUAUAUUCUCUUCUGAUAUUGUUAUUAUUAUAUUUUUAUAUCCACAGAUGUUUAUCGUACCUUUGUCUUUCUACGUGUUCACCUGCUGGAUCUUAGAACUUAUGAAUAUUUAUAUGAUGUUUUUUUUUUCUCUCUCUGAAAACUGUGAAGACAUGAAUCUGUUUGUGUUUGACCUCUGACCUGUUCACACAUGAAUCAUCUUCAAACUUAAA